UCCAAUCUCCAUAUCUCUCUCUAAACUCUUUUCUUUCUCUUCAAUUCAACCCUAACUCUGAAGUGUUGCCCAAUUUCUCUCUCUAACCGUUUCAAUCUCCUCGCUCUUUCGUUCAAUUUCUUUUCCCAGUGGAAUUGAACAAAGAAUACACUUGGCAGUUUCCCAUUAUUGGUGGUCUGUAAUUGAAAUUGUUAUUCAGUUCUUGAAGCUUAGGCAAAAGUAUGAGUGGAGGGUGCCUUAUUUCUGAUUUAUAGCUGGUAGAGUUACCAACCAUGGGAGCAAACAGUAUCACUCGUGAUUAUAUAGUAGGGACCUAGAAGAGGAAUAGAGGGAGAGAGUUGGGAGAGAGAUCUAUGGAAGAUUUGUCCAAGUAUGCUCAUAGUCCUGCUCACUUGGCAGUUGCCAAGCGUGACCAUGCUGCCCUAAGAUAUAUUGUCUCUGUACUGCCCCGCCUUGCCAAGGCUGGCGAGGUCAAUACAGAGGCUGAAUCUCUGAAUGCUGAGCUUCGAGCUGAUGAGGUAUCGGCCGUUAUUGAUCGCCGCGAUGUUCCUGGUAGAGAGACCCCUCUUCAUCUUGCAGUCCGUAUCAAGGAUCCAGUGUCUGCUGAUAUUUUGAUGGCUGCUGGUGCUGAUUGGAGCUUACAGAAUGAGAAUGGUUGGAGUGCUCUCCAAGAGGCUGUGUGCACCAGAGAGGAAGCAAUUGCUGCGAUCAUUGCGAAGCACUAUCAACCUCUGGCUUGGGCUAAAUGGUGUCGCAGACUUCCCCGGAUUGUUGCUUCUGCUGCUCGUAUCCGUGACUUUUACAUGGAGAUUUCUUUCCAUUUUGAGAGCUCUGUCAUUCCUUUUAUUGGUCGGAUUGCCCCUUCAGAUACAUACCGAAUUUGGAAGCGUGGUUCUAAUCUCCGUGCUGAUAUGACCUUAGCAGGUUUUGAUGGCUUCCGCAUACAACGAUCAGACCAAACAUUUUUGUUCCUUGGAGAGGGCUAUACUUCAGAAAAUGGCAAUUUGACUCUGCCACCAGGCUCUUUGGUUGCUCUUUCCCAUAAGGAGAAAGAAAUCACCAAUGCCUUGGAAGGAGCUGGUAACCAGCCAACAGAUGCUGAAGUUGCUCAUGAAGUUUCACUGAUGUCUCAGACAAAUAUGUAUAGGCCGGGUAUUGAUGUUACUCAGGCUGAGCUUGUUCCGCAUUUGAAUUGGAGGCGCCAAGAGAAGACUGAGAUGGUUGGGAACUGGAAGGCAAAAGUUUAUGACAUGCUUCAUGUGAUGGUAAGUGUGAAGUCAAGACGGGUUCCAGGUGCUAUGACAGAUGAAGAGCUUUUGGCUGUGGAAGAUGGAGAAAGUAUGGUAAAUGGAGAAAACAAUGAUGAGUAUGACGAUGUAUUGACUGCUGAGGAAAGAAUGCAAUUGGAUUCUGCAUUACGCAUGGGGAACAAUGAUGCCACUUGUCAGGAUGAGGAAAAUGGAGUCUUUGAUGGUCAUGAAAACGCUUCAGCAGCUUCCUAUGAGAAUUGUGAAGCCAAUGGAGUGGUGAAAGACAAGAAGAGCUGGUUUGGUUGGAAUAAAAAAAACUCAAAAGGCAACAGUGAUGAACCUGAGGAUCCAAAAACCUCAAAGAAAUUUUCAGCACUGGGUCCUGCUGGCGGCCACCAAAGAUCUGGUGAUCAGCAAAAGCCGUCAUCUGAGUUUCAGAAGGAGGACCCAGAGGACACAAAGAAGGGAAAGGAUAAAAGCAAUAAAAAGAAAAAGAAGAAAGGAGCAGCUAACGAAUUUAAGAGUGAGAGUGAGUACAAAAAGGGUUUAAGGCCUGUUUUGUGGUUAACACCAGACUUCCCUUUGAAAACAGAUGAGCUUCUGCCUCUACUUGACAUCUUAGCAAACAAAGUUAAGGCUAUUAGGAGACUCAGAGAACUUUUGACAACUAAACUUCCUCAUGGAACCUUUCCUGUGAAGGUAGCUAUCCCAAUAGUCCCGACGAUACGGGUCCUUGUCACUUUCACAAAAUUUGAGGAGCUUCAACCAGCAGAGGAGUUCUCUACUCCACUAUCCAGCCCAGCAUACUUCCAGGAUGCCAAAUCUAAGGAAUCCGAGGGGUCUUCUUCAUGGAUUUCAUGGAUGAAAGGAGCUCGCGGCACACCAACCAUCGACACUGAUAGUCACAGGUAUAGUAAGGAUGAAGUGGACCCUUUCAGUAUACCUUCAGACUACAAAUGGGUGGAUGCCAAUGAGCGGAAACGGCGAAUGAAAGCUAAGAGAGCCAAAACCAGGAAACACAAGAAGCAAACUGCUGCAAAAGGAGGAGAUGGAGUUCAUCUAGGCAGUGAGAAUGUGGAAGAACAACAAUAAUAAUAAUAGCAUGGUGUCUCUGUAAUUGUUGCUUUGAUCAUCUUUGCCGAAAAAGUUAGUCUUUGUGCACAGCUGACUUUACUUUCCACAUUGGAUUAAUUCGCGAAGACUUUGCCAAGAUUUUCAGGCAACCAAUUAUUUCUCAUUCCAAUAGGGUGCCUGUGUGCUUUUCCCUGUCGCAGUAUUGGCUUAAGAAGAGAGAGCUCUAAUCAUCCGGAAAUUGUUGUAUACUUGUAUUGUCCACACGAGUUGAAAACUUGAAAUUGAAGAGGAGAGAGAGAGUCCAUGCAUAUCAAUAUUUGUAUCUACAUCUGUAUCGACGAUUAUUGACUUUGCAGUUUUGUGAGUUGUAUUUCAGUCUUCCUGUUGUAUCCUCAAGUUUUGGUUAUUUUGUCAAACUGACUUUGCUGUAGUAAAAUUUGUUCAACUAUUAUUGUAUCCAAAUUAUUGAAUUACAGGAACACUUCUGUUUUCUUUUCUUGUUAUGAUAGGUUGAAUCUUUCUUUUUUA